ACUUAGAAUAGAGCGACGUGUCUAACAAAGGUAGACUUCCACAGACCACAGGAGUGCAUAAAACACCUGAUCCCAUCCCAGCCCAUCCCCUUUACGCUCUUCAUUUCACAGGUCACAUUCCAAGGAUCUCCUUGUUUGUUUUUUUGAAGGAGAAAAUGUCAUGGCUCGCUCGUUCCCUUGCAAACUCUCUCCGACUCGAUGCCGAUGGAGACGUUGAAAACGACGUCGUACUCGAUCCACCUACUUCACGAGACAAUGCAAUUCGAUCAAAAAUACAUCAGGAAGAAGAAGAACAAAAUGAAGAUCAAGAAACGCAAGGACGUGCUGGAGUCAGAGAGGACCUCAACGAAAUCAAGCAAACCCUAACCCGCCAAUUUUGGGGAACGUCCUCUUCCGCUCCUUCCGCAACUGAGGACCUCGACGAAAUCAAGCAAGCCCUAACUCGCCAAUUUUGGGGAAUGGCCUCUUUCCUUGUUCCUCCCCCAACUGCCACGCCUUCUCAAUCCGAUCCUUCCCCAUUCAUUUCCAACCAAUCCGAUCAUCGCGUUGUUUCUCCAAACGAAGAGCCACAGUUCGAUGACGCAAUUAUGUCCAAUCACUCUACCGACGGUGAACAGGGAACGGUUCGCACCGAUCAUCCUCAACCGAAUUCGGUUUCGUCCCGAUCCGAUUCCGAAGAAAAUCAGGAACCGGAACGUGCGGUUGGAAUUACAGAAGAGGUGUUGGCCUUCGCCAUGAAUAUCGCAAUGCAUCCCGAGACGUGGUUGGAUUUUCCUAUUGACGAGGAAGACGACACAGAUGAUUUUGACGUGUCCGAUGCACAACAAGAGCAUGCCGCAGUCAUUGAAAGACUAACUCCUAGAUUAGCUGCUCUCAGAAUUGAACUAUGUCCUUGCCAUAUGAGUGAAAGUUACUUCUGGAAAGUCUAUUUUGUACUUUUGCAUUCAAGACUUAAUAAAGAAGAUGCAGGGAUUUUGUCCACACCACAGGUUAUGGCAGCUAGAGCAAUGUGGAUGCAGGAAUUGCAGAAACAAACAAAGCCUGAAUUUGAAAUUUUUGGAAGAAGUACUUCCUACCCAAGAGACAAUAUGCACCAUGAUGAUUAUACCCCCAACUUAUUAGAUGAUGCGUAUUCUGAUGACUUGCCUAAUCGGACAUAUGAAUGUAGAAUAACCUCUUUAUCCAUGGUGGCAAAUUAUGUGACUGAGAAGCACACAGUUGAAAGUUCUGGAACAAAUUUCAUUGACAAGUCUGUUAUUGAGGAAAAUUCAAUCAUGAAAACUGACGACAGCAAGGAUCUAAAAUGUAGAAGACCCUCCCAAAUCAUUAUUCAGGACUAUGACGACGAAGAUGAUGAAUGGCCUGAGGAAGAUUCUGAUUUAGGGGAAUAUGGUGGGACAAUUCAUCCCAUGGUGAAUGAAGAAGACAUAUCUUUCAGUGAUCUCGAGGAUGAUGAUUAUGGCAUUAAACCUGUUAGUUCCAAUAAAGGUUCAAAGGUGGUGUGAAACUUGACUCCUGACAACACGAUUGUGGUAAUUUUAGGGCCACUAGAUCUUCACUCAGAACUAAGACCAGUAAAUAGAGUUGCCCAAUGCUUGGAAAAGCAUGAGUACUGGUGUCUGAAGCAUUCUUUUGUAUAUAAUGAAUGGUGAACUUAGCUACUAAAAUGCCGUGAUGCUAUUUGAGGCAGUUAAGACGAACUUGUUAAUCCUUUUUUUUCCUACAUCGUUUUUGCUGCAAGGCUAGAUAUGGGUUAUCAGGUGGAUGUUGUGUUUUGGAACAACUGAAAUGAAAAGGAAAGAGUGGAGCUAAGACAGUGAUUCAAUGUUUAGUCCCCAAUAUUAAGACCCUAAACGAGAAUGUGGGACGAAAUAUGUGCAAGAAUUCGAGAGACAGCCGUGUAUCAGAAGGUACAUCAUAUAGGUGCAAGAAGUGUAUAUAAAAUCUCGUUUGCUGUCAAAAAUAGACUCCUGCAUGUUUGAUUUUUAUUUAAAAAAAUAUAUAUUUUUUCAGGCGGCUGUAGUAGAGUUUGGGAUGCGCUCUUUUUUCUUUUUGGCUUGAUCUCCUUAUUGGCCUUGCUGUCAACUGUGUUUGAAAACAAUAAAGUGACGAUUUGAAUUACUUUGAAUGAUCGAAUGGGAUGAGUUGAGUAUAU